AUGAGCCGCCCAGCCACCCUCCUCGCUGUGGCUCUGGUUGCCCUGCUGGCUCCAGGGGCUGGGAUGCCCGGCGGCAGGUGGGGGUCCCAGAACAAGCCACUGCUGGUGUCCUUCGAUGGCUUCUAUUGGAGCUGCGAUCAGGACGUGGACACCCCCAACCUGGACGCCAUGGCGCGUGACGGGGUGAAGGCGCACUACAUGACCCCCGCCUUUGUCACCAUGACCAGCCCCUGCCACUUCACCCUGGUCACCGGCCGGCACCUGGAGAAUCACGGGGCUGUGCACAGCAUGUUCUACGAUGCCACUUCCAAGGUGAAGCUGCCGCACCGCUCCAUGCUGGGCAUCGAGAGCCGGUGGGACAACGGCAGCGUGCCCAUCUGGAUCACCGCUCAGAGGCAGGGUCUAAAGACUGGCUCCUUCUUCUACCCCGGCGGGAAUGUCACCUACCAAGGCGUGGCGGUGACGCAGAGCCGCAGGGAGGGCGUCCUGCACAGCUACAAGGAUGAGCAGGAAUGGAGGGCCAACAUCGACACUGUGAUGAGGUGGUUUACCGAGGAUGGCCUGGACCUGCUCACCCUCUACUUUGGGGAGCCUGACUCCACCGGCCACAAGUUCGGGCCCAAGUCUGCAGAGCGGAAGGAGGUCGUGGGGCAGGCGGACCAGACAGUGGGCUACCUGUGUGAGCGCAUCGAGCAGAGUGGCCUGGCCGGCAGCCUCAACCUCAUCGUCACGUCCGACCACGGCAUGACCACCGUCGACAAGACAGCUGGCGACCUGGUGGAGUUCCACAAAUUCCCCAGCUUCACCUUCAAGGACAUCGACUUUGAGCUGCCCAACUACGGGCCCAACGGGAUGCUGCCGCCCAAGGAGGGGCAGCUGGACAAGGUGUACGAGGUCCUCAAGGACGUGCACCCCAGGCUCCACGUCUACAAGAAGGAGUCGUUCCCCGAGUCCUUCCACUACGCCAACAACCCCCGGAUCACACCCCUGCUCAUGUACAGUGACCUCGGCUACGUCACCCAUGGAAGAAUGAACGUCCAGUUCAACAAUGAGCACGGCUUCGACAAUGGGGCGCUGGACAUGAAGACCAUCUUCCGGGCUGUGGGCCCCAGCUUCAGGACGGGCCUGGAGGUGGAGCCCUUCGAGAGCAUCCAUGCAUAGGAGCUCAUGUGCACCCUGCUGGGCAUCGCCCCGAGGCCAACGACGAGCCUCAGCACUCUCCUGCCCCUGCUCCGCCCAGACCAGGGCAGCACGCUGUCCCCCUCCACCGCUCCCACCUGCCGCUCCCCAGCUGGGCCCACUCUGCCACCCAGUGGCUGCACAGGGGCUGCUCUCCAGUCCAGCAGCCGGCCCCCCUUGGUGAUGGGGCUGAUGGUGGCCACAGUCCUUCUGGUCAAGACCACCAGUGUGGUCAGUUUGGAACCAGGGCUACUGACCGUGGGCCGGUUUCUUUUCUCCAAAGGCUCGCUUCUUCCAGGAAGCCUCCAGAAGCUGCCCUUCGCAUAA